UGUUUGCUCAAUAUCACACCGCAUUAUCAGAAAGUCAAACAAGCUAUUGCCUUCAUUGAAAUCCAACUCUUUUCUGUGGUGACAUAUCCGUCAGUUGACGAGGUCAUCCUUAAACUGGAAAUAUUUCCGGUAUAAAAGCCCUCUGGCUGAUAGACGCCAAUUUUAUUCAGGAAUCUCCGAGGCAGAGUCUGCAAAAAUCGUGUCUUUUGCGUUUAACUUCUUACAUCUGUAAUCAAUAAGUUCGACGAACUUCUAAAUUCAAACAGGAUUGGAUUUAGUUCCCAUCGACCAAUCAGGAGAAGCGAAAUGGUAUUAUAGGAAGCGAGUCGGCUUUAUUUGAGUGCUUACUGCAUGUGCUAAAGAGAUUAGUAUAAAUCAGCGAGCGUGAAGUAAUUGCAGGGAGUGCGAGCUUUGACAAGCUUUUGUCUCUUUCAGAACUUCUUAGACUUCGCAAUGAGGGUGCGUCGACGAGUCCGUCAAGUUCCACUAAUCCUUUGCCUUAUGCUCCUCACAUCGUUCUUUCAAGUUGGACAGAGUAUAUGGUGAGUCAAAUCCCUUAUCACCUCACUAGCACCCACUUUGUUUUUAUUCAGGGGCUCGCUUUCCUUCCUAAACGGUUUUAUGUUUGUCUCUGGUUUACACAACAGCAUCUGGAAGAAAUCCGAAGAAAAACAUCAUUCCCGUCAAAGUGAGGUGUUAGCUUAAAUUCCUAAUACUUGGUGUUAGUAAGGGUGUCAAAAGCUGCUCUUCAAGAGGAAUUUGGCUGGCAGUCAAUCAACCCUUCCCUGCCACUAAAAAAUUGAAUUGGGUAUAUUGGAUGCCAUUGUAAGACUUGUGCAUCCAUUUCUUUGCAGAGAGCUAAUGGUUUUAUAAUCCCUUUGAUGGCGAUUACUUGUAAAUUGCUUAGCCAAACAUCUUUCCUGUUUUGUGUUUAAACAGGCCGCUUAGUAUUCCACACCAGGCGUUUAUUGUAGGCAUCGUCCCUCAGCCUUGCCACAAUAUGGGAUUGUCCGACGAUCAGAAACAAAUAUGUAUGAGUGAGGCGAAUCGGGAGCUUUUACCUACAAUAAGAUAUGGUGCAAGUUUGGCGUACAAACAGUGUCAGUACCAGUUUAAGUAUCGCCGUUGGAACUGCUCUGUGCCUGAAAAAGAUAGCAAUUCCCUGUUUCGCCGAAUAACGGGGAAAGGUAAGUAUUUGGUAACUGCACUCACUCUUGUUCUGUAUCAUGUUUUGACCUCAGCCUUGAUUGUUUGUGUACGUAUCGUCAUAACACUGACUGCCAUUUCCUAUUCUUUCGUAUGACACCUGGUUCAGCCAUCAUUAUACUGAAUGUUUGUUUGUGCAAGAAAGCAAGCUUAAAAACGUGCUCUUGUUACUCAGCACCGACUCAACCAGUGUUAUACUUAACAGCUCAAUAAGAAUCCUGGCUAUUUUCAAAAACGUACUUGAAGAUGAAAUUUCCAUUCUGUUCGAUAAAAGAGCCGCUUGAGGUGGAUGUGUCGAGAUAUUGAGGAAAGCUCUCAAACGAUAUUCGGUUGCUAUGCAAAAUACCUUAUUUUUUCAAAGUUAUUAACAUUUCCAAGAGCUAUUCUAGCAUUUAUCAGCAUAACGAGAUUGUGCAUUAAGUUAUGAAAGAUUUCAGUCAUAGUUCAGAGCGGUUACGCACUCACUUGUUUGGGAGGCAAUCGUUGCGGUUUCUUUUGUCAGGAUAUUAUAAUCUUUCAUGUCAAGAUAUGUCCCAGAUGUCCACUCUAGGCGCUUGUGGUCUACGGCGGGAAAAAUUUAAAAAAUAGAAGUUUUCUCCGGCCGCAAUACGAUUAGCAUAGACUGUAAAAAAUGUUUGAUCUUUUUACAAAAUUUUGAAUGACCCUAGACUUCAAAAAUUGCAUGAUCGUGACAUUUAGAAGGUCAAUCUUUACACGAACAAAACACGCAAGCAUUUUUGAAACCUUUCCUUCAACUAGGCAUCAAAUUGUCAUCUUGUCAUUUCAAAUUAUUCGAAGAUUGUUUGAGAACGUACUUGAAUACGUUUCAGUCACUGAGUCGUCAAAAGGGCCAAGGCUAGAUAUCAAUGAAUAGUGCUUUCUCAAGAGUGCCUCUCCAAUCUGUCGACUUACUUCAGUUAUCUUGGUCGAGAGACUCGGAUACUGUUAGUUGAAGCUUUAAGUCUCUAAAGGUUGUUUUAGCUUUCCAUAGUUCAUCUGCCUUUAGAGAGCUACGUGUUGGAAGAAAAAAUGAAACUGAGGUUGUUUGGUUUUUCAAGAUAAUUUUCAUGUCUUCCAGUUCCUCCUCUUCUUAAUUUACAGUCCUAGGAGAAAGCCAGACAUUGGUCAAAAGGACUUUUCUAAUUCAAGAGAAUAUCUUAAAAGAUCGGUUUAAAUUUAGCAAUUAUAGACCAAUAUCCUUUGGAACCGUUAAAAAGUUUACUUUGCUGAACAACAAACUAUUAUAGAUCGAUUAAUUCAGAGAUUUUCCGUUGAGCCUCUUUAAAGUGUAACAAUAGCUUCAACCGUACUCUGGCGUAAAGGAUUAUCAAAGAAAGUCGCACUUUGAAAAUAUCCAUUGUUAUGUGUCUGUUACCUAAAUCGAAGAGCAUAAUAACAAAAAGUGUGCCUGAGGCAUCUUUGAUUAACUUUUAAAAGUCGAUAAUUUUAUCGACAACACUAUGAAUAUACAUUUAAUUAAAUGUUACCCUCUGGCGCCUCUAAGAGGGUUUGUUAAUAACAUCGAUUUAGGAGAAUAUCAUUUUAGGCUUCUAAUGAAUAUUGACAAAAUUAUUUUCUCAAUUGUCAAAUUACAUGGCAGGUUUUUUAGAGCCAGCUAGUUCCUAUUAUAACAAAACCCCAACUCUCAGAAAUUUGAAAACAAAGCGCUAUUCCCCAAUUCCUUAAAGAGGAUCUUUAAGCACGUGGCAUAUCUGUUUAAAGAUUUGCUUGGUGGAAACCAGAUUUUCCUUCGCCAAUAAGUUUAGAGAGUGGCUGAGUAGACGAUUGACCAUGAACGUUUAUGCUUCUUAGCUAAGCUUAGGAAGAAGCAGGUAGCAAAGGUGGCGGCAGUUGCAAAUGUAACAGUAGUAGUAUUAAAAGUGGUAUGAAGUAGUAAUCGUUGUUGUGGAAAUAGUAGUAGAAGUAGGUGCAGCAACAGCAGCAGAAGUGGUAAUAAUAGUGUUGGUGCCAAUAGCAGAAGUAGUAGUAAGUUGCCUGUUGGAGAUUAAUAUGUACCUUAAUAGGUGUAUUCUUGAACAGCUUCAAUUAACUAGAUUCCUAUAUCACAGUUGACGUCAACAGAUUUUCUUGGUCGUGUUUAAAACGUGUUUCAAAAAACAAAUUAUCUACAUCAUCAGAAGAAACAUUCGUAAUGGUAGUUGUUAGAGUAGCAGUGGCAGUAUUGAUAGUCGCAAAAGAAAUUGCAGGGGCAUAAGCAAUGAUAAUAGUGGUCACAUAUCAGUACAGGGCCUUACACUCCAUCAAUAGGCAUUAGUUUAAGAUCCUGCUUUCUUCUUUCACAAAAAUAAGGGAUGUUAUGAGGAAAGAGUCAGUGUGUAGAAAUUCAUGAGCUUAAAAUUCCUAAACAGCUCAUUUCUUGUCUACGUCGUUAAUAAAUGCAAUUCAGUAAUUGAAGCAGAUGAUUCAUUCACAGUGUGAUCUUGUGGAUGUUUUCAGGUACGAAAGAGGCAGCCUUUACAUAUGCUAUAUCAGCCGCUGGUGUGGUGCACUCGAUAGCCCGAUCAUGCGUGGAGGGCAAUCUCAGUAUGUGUGGCUGUAGUCGGGAAAGAAGGCCUAAGGACUUAAACAGCAACUAUCAGUGGGGAGGAUGUGGAGACAACAUAGAGUAUGGCGCCAAGUUCGCAAAGAAAUUCAUGAAAGCUGGCGAGAACUCUAAACCGAAGGACACGCGUGAACUAGAAAGGAAGUUGAUGAAUCUUCAUAACAAUGAGGUUGGAAUACAGGUGAGGAAAUUUUAUUUGCUGAUCAGAACUCCAUUUUGGUAUGAUUCCUGCUGUUGGGAUAGUUAUAUGGUUGAUUGUUAUCGAAAACAUCCCGUUUAAACAUCUAGAAACUAAAUCCUAGGUCAACUACAUACGCAUCGCAUUUUGUUUCCAGCAUCAAUCUCUUCUAUAGCUCAAGCGACAUACUUCAUCGGUCAUUUACAGUGCUUUAUUUGACUUCAAAAUCUCAACCACAAGCCGAGAUGUCGUUUGCACACAAAUUUCUUCGUAAAACAAAUCUAGCCGGUAAACAUGCAAACUCAUCCAAAGGAUCCGCAUUUGUUAACACAUUGCUUAGUUUAAGAUCUUCACUAACAUUUCAUAGUUCAAUUUUCCAGUGGAACAAACUAUAAAAUUUGGUGUUUCGCUUGCGAAAACAUUGAGUGGUAUUGAAAAAUGAUUGAAGGGAAAGAGGAUAAGAUCGCCGAUUGAUCUUCAACAUCUCUUACUGGAAGUGCGGCAUCCUUCCAUCAUAGAUCAAUAUACCAGUCUACUCAACUUCGUAGCUUGAAAUAGAUACAACAGAUGAUCAGCUCAAUAUAAUUUCCUUAGCUUUGAAACCCCAUUGGCAUCUCUCUCAAAAUUAAAAUCACAUCUACAUCAAAAGGCCAAAAAUAGUGGCGGAACUCUCUGUAGAAUACGAUCGCUGAAUUUCCGCCGCCCUAUUGUGGUUGAUUUAUCGUCUUAGGCACAACGCCGUCGACCAAGAUAGCGAAUUACUCAUACUGAUGCAAAUAUCAUACUGGAGCGUCACAAAUGCAGAGGAAUUUUGAGCGAUGUGCAAAGUAACUAUGUGUGGGUCAAUAAUUUACCCUAUCAGACGUCUUUCAUACUUAGAAAGUGAGCCACAUAUUAAUCAUGAUGUCACGCCUUAUUUCGCUCCUCCUUUUGAGCAGUUAUUUGCACAAUGUGUCAAAACCUUGGCUUGCAUGUACCGGCGAAAUCGAAGCCACACACUGAGGUUUCUUGUCAGUUGUUGAAUAGAUAUCGUUCGGCCUCUAACGAAACCUAUUAUCUCCUAAUGGAGAUAAUAUGUUUCUUUGACUACGUGGAUAUUGCUUGAAAACAACAAAAUUCUGACAAGAUUUCUUCUUAUUGUUCUCUCUCCGUUCAUACGUUAUCUUUCUUUCUUAUCCGUUCUCAGCCUCAAAUCAUAAACUGUAUUUUAAUUUCAUAAUGAAAUGUCAUCAUCAGUUCUCUUCAGUUCUUUGAGGAAAGCGAAACAAUUACUUCGGUACAGGAAUAAUGAAAUUGUCUUUCCAUGUUGAGUAAUAUCUUGAUUAAGCUUGUUUUUCUCUUUGGUUCAUAACUCAGAACGAGUUAAUGUCAUCAACUUUGGCGGGUUUUCUUUUAUUUCAGUAACUAUUGAACAGUAGGUUUUCACUUCCCUUGCUGUCGGCCUCAGCUACGAUCUUCACAGCAAGACAUUCCUUUGGGAAGGAAAUGCAGUUAUUUUUGAAAUGAAGACAGACAAGGCACCCAAUGUUCAACUUCAUGUGGGAUAGAUUGCGUCCCCGACUGAGCUGAAACGUUUAAGUACUUUAUAUGGAAAUUCAUGCCUGGUUGCUGUCUUAUCUUUCCUUGGAUAUAAAUACUAAUAAAUCAGUCAAUUAAUCCUUUUCGCUUACCCUUAUUAAGCCUUCUCCUGAACUGUCGGCAGUCUGUAGACAAUGUUUUUGCGGCCUUUCUGUCGGUGCCUAAAGCCAUCUGUAAGUAUCUUGUUACUUUCAAAAGAUAAAAAUCAUGGCCUAUUACUCUCUAUAAUAGGUCGUCUGUCGUCAUAUAAAUAAAUAUUUCUGGUUAAUUCAUUUUCGUGACCGGUUUUGCUUGUACCAAAAAAUUAAGCGGCCACAAAGGGAUUGUUACCUCUGUUUCUGAUACUUUUGAAGUAUGCGUUUUAUCUCACCGACAGAAUUGCUUUACGAUCGUUCACGAUAGAUGUGGAUAACCAAGCAAUAUCCGCGAAUGAUGUUUCCCAAACUGAGAUCAUCAACCAGAUGAAGACAUUUGGACUUAACCUUUACUCAUAGAGAGAAAGAAUAUCGCCACGACACUGAAGGAAUGUUUUCUAAAAAUAGUAGCAAAUUUACUUUUGUAAAAUCUAGGGCUUUUAAGUUUGAAUUUUCUUCCACGUGAAGUUCUAGAUCUAAAGAAAUUUAAAAACCGUCGUUUAUCUUUUUCAAACAGGGUCUUUACCACUAACAGAAUAGCUGCUUCUCUCCAAAAUGAUUUUCGCCUAUCAGAGGUAGAUCUCCUAGCAAUUCACUGUUGGUUCAUUUCGGUUUUUCUUUUGGGUGAAGACAGGCAUUGUAUUAGUCUAGGAGGUAUUUUGGAGUGCAUUGAGCCUGACAUCUGCAGUCACUUUCACUGUCAAAAUAAUCUAUUCUUCCCUUUUUCCAAGUUCUAACCAAGAACCAUGUUGACUUUAUUUCGUGAGGCAGGUUUGGAUAUCAUUCAUCGCUCAUUUCCUUCUAUUAUCAUGUUUCUGUGGUGUUUGGUUAGUCUUUGUCAAGAGCGUUGUGAUCACUUGAAAUACUCAUUUGCUUCCUGAGACAUUGAAAAGAUGUCGCCUGCAACUUCAUGUGUAAAGAAACACCAUCAAGCACAGAAAAGUGGCAUUUUACCUUCACAAUCUUCACAAUUUUGUAUUGAUUUUUCACUGUGUAAUCACUUUAUCACCAAUCAGUAUUCAGCACUUUCGCCACCGUCCACCUUGAGGUAAUCCAAGAUCCUAUCAUCCAUCAAGAUUGUUUGCUGCAUCUCAAGAGUUCAUUAAGGUAUCAAGCUUAUCAUGACCUGACAAGGUUGGAGUUUGCCUUGUGGACACCAGUAUCGUGUUUUCUUACUUCCACAAUCCCUCUUGUAAUGUGGUACUCAUGGUUCAAUAUGUAAACCGUUGUGAAUUAUGCUCUUCAGUAGAAGUAUUGCUCAGCUCCACAGGUUAUCUGUUAUUUGCUUUCUAUCCGUUACGAAAAGAGAUCAUACAAAUUUCAAGUUUUUUUGAUCACUAGUAAUCCUCAAGAACGUGCUUGCUGAAGAAAAUAACCAUUUAUUGUUUUCCUCGUGUUUAGGUCAUUAGAGAUAAUUAUGAAAUCCGGUGCAGGUGUCACGGAAUUUCUCAGUCUUGUGAAAUCAAGACCUGCUGGAAGGAACUUGUCCAGUUCUCCACCAUUGGGGAAAAACUCCGCACCAUGUAUGAUAAAGCCGUCAAGGUUAGACUCGACAGAAGGACUGGGCGCCUCCUUAAAGGGAAUAAAAAAUCUGAGAACCAGAAGGUGACUGGAAGACGUAGAAGCACCUCCAACAAACCAACGAUAGGCAAUUUGAUUUACUUGGAAUCUUCACCCAACUAUUGCAUUAGAAGCAAGAGGCGUGGAAUUCUAGGUACCGCUGGUCGAGAAUGCAAAGUGGAAUCUGCGGAGGAUGGCAACUGUUAUGACCUCUGCUGUAGGCGAGGAUUCCUUCCGCAAGAGGUUUUAGUUGUAGAAAGAUGCGAGUGCAAGUUUCACUGGUGCUGCGAAAUUAGAUGCAAGGAAUGCCGCCGUUAUCAGACAAAAUAUUUUUGUCUCUAAGAAGGCCAAACUUACCACAAGUCCACCAUGUUGGAUGACGACUUGCGUGUAGUCGCCAAAGAAGAGACUCAAAGUUUUACUUGUGACAAAGAUCAGCGAGAGAGCAAAGAAGAAUGCGGCAACGUAGCAUUUAACUUUAUUUAAUUUAUUUCAUAAACCCUUAGUUUUAAACAACAGUUCUAGGAGUGAGAUUUAGAGCACUUCACUUUCAUUGGUGAGGUAAGAUUUAAUAUCUAAGAUCUGAUUUUUUUUUUCUUUCGCCAAAACUUCACCAAUUUCCUCCAGAAGCUAUAAUUACAAAGCCAUGAUUGUUGAAUCCGCUGGUGGAAACCCUUUUCCUCAGAAGAUCUACCUUCUCGAACAUUCCACUCAAGGCAAACGCUGCAGCAUCUCAGAGAACGUCUUCUGGCUAUCAUUACCAUCAUAUUAAUUUCCUAUCAAUAUUGUUGUGAUUUUCAACAUCCUAAUCAAUAUUACUUUUAUAUUUAUUAUCAUUAUCAUCAUUAUUAUUAUUUUCUCUGCUUGCUCUUGUUAUUUAAUCCCCCUAGUAAGUUUUCUAUAUUUGAGAAUAAUGACGAUAUGAAAAGACUAGCUAAAGAGAAAAAAUGUGGUAUUACGUUCGAGAUUUCAGAUUAUAUACAUUUCAAUGUAAAUACAAAGAAAUGUGUUAUUUUGACCCAAAGAUAUAGUUUAUCUUGAAGCGAGAGACCUCAGAUUUUAAUCGUUACCGAGAUAAUAACAGACAACGUAAUUUAACUCUGUUCCUGAAUGCGAAUAUUUUUUUAGAAACACGGGUAACCUUUAUUUCACCUGUGGAUUUAACCGAUGAAAGAUAUUUUCAAACUGGUUUUACAAUUUUAGUUUUGUUGAUUAGGAAAACAGAUUUUAACUGAAUUUUAAAUUGAAGCCUUCCAAACAUUGAUUUAAAAAUAUUUUAACUCGGCCAUAGACUGAAAAUGAAUUUAUGCACAAAGUGACAAGCUUAUCUUAUCUUGUAAAUCGCUUUCAAUUGAUAAUGAAUACUCAAUCCGAGAUCAAUUUACAAAGAACUCUUUUGUUUCACGAUGUGAAAAGAGCAUUGAGGAGUUGGUCUGUACGAGACCCAUCUUGAUUCACCAAAACUUUCUCUGUCAUAGUAGCUCUGAUUCAAUCUAACAUUAGUUCAAAAGGACUUUCCUCUUUCUCUUAGGUUUGUAAUGCGUGAUGAUGAUUUGAGACAGAAAAAGGAAAAUUCAAAUAAAUGGAAAAGGAAACCUCAAUAUCAAAUUCCAACAUCUAUUUCGGGCCAACUCUAAAAAUUACACAUAGUUAGUUUUCAAUGAGUUAAGGCAGAUUAGUGUACCGGAAUUGCGCGUUAAUCAUUCCGAGAUCUGAUUUUUUAUCACCUCUGUAAAAAGAUAUAUGAUAGAACUUGUUUGCGGUUUUGUGACUGUUUUUGUUUAAGGACCUGAAAAAUAUAUGUUAUUUAAGUAUACUUAAAGGAACAGUCUUUCUUGCUUUAGCAGAUUCCUUAAACCUUAAUUUUUCCAUUCGUUUCCUUUUAAUUUUAUCUCCUUUCUUCCCUAAUCUUUCUUAGCUCUUGUUUGCCCUUUAAUUGUUUCCCCUGAUUUUCAUCUCCAAUCCCCACUAGUUUCCUUUCACCCUUUUCUCCCUUUUUUUUCAUUCCCUUCCAUCACUUUCGUCAACAUUAGUUAACCUAUCUUUCUCAUCUAUCCUUUUUUUCCAAUUAGCUGCCUAUCAAAUUCCAUGUUUUGAUUACAAUCCUCCCAUUUCCUUUCAAUCUCUAACAUCCCUUUCCUCUCUUUCUCAGCAAUCUUUAUAUUCUUUUCCUUCCCUCCUUUCAUUUCCAUCUCUUUUCUUUCCUUCUCCCUCAAUUUCUUCUUCCCUUCCACCUUUUUCUCUGCCUUUUCACCCCAUAUCUCUGAUGACUUUAAAAUCUUUAAGGAUGAACGUCUUAAGCCCGGUAUAGAUGGGCGAGUUUCUUUCUCAUGAGAGAGAAAACUUGGACUACAUCGUUUCUUUUGUUUCCUAAAUCGCACGGUUUUUUGCUCUGCAGGCCGCAUGAAGAUAAAACCGCAUUUUAACUUGUCAACAAGUAUGGCAAUAUGCUAUAGUGUCAUGUUCUACCACACUUCCAAUAUGUAUACUACGGAUAAGAAAUUCUUAAUAAAUAAAGUGUUCGAAUCUAAUGAAAAUUAUUUGUCAGGGUGUUGAGAUACAUUUUUUAACCUUCAUAAUUUUGUUCAAAAACCUAACUUUGCUUUUUUAGGCCACAACAUGUGGUACCUCGCAAGCAUGAUGAAGCAAUUUAUGCUUCUAUGAUAACGUGAACUUUUGACAUGUCAAUUAAUUUUACACACGCACCACGUUUCCAGUAUCACUUUUAAUUGGUAACAGUCCUUUUACUCUGCUGUGUGACAAUCUUUAACUGUCAUAUUAUCUUUAUUUCUUCCCUCCUAGGUGGUUAUAAAGGAAGCCAAGGUAGUCUGUUCGUGUCACGGGAUAUCCGGAUCGUGCAACAUGAAAACUUGUCAACGCGUAUUGUCAGAAUUCCGGAAAAUCGGUGACUUACUUCACGAGAAAUACGACAAUGCUGUCCGUGUUAAAAUGGAGCGGAAAGACACCUUGGAAGUUCUGAACAUCGUGAAGAGGAAGCGAAAUGGUGAAUAUCGUCGAGAUAAUGGUAGAUUGAGGAGCACCAAUAAAGAAGCUGGGAAAGAAAGUUUGGUGUUCACUAAGGAAUCUCCCAAUUACUGCGACAAAAGUUCUGACUUUCCCAGUACAGUGGGACGGCUGUGUAGCGCGGCGUCGUACGGCUCUGAUAGCUGUGAAAAUUUAUGCUGCGGACGUGGAUUUCAGAAGGCUCAAGUCAGGGUGAAGAAGAGGUGUGAAUGUAAAUUUCACUGGUGCUGUGAGAUACGUUGCAAGCAGUGUGAACAGAUAGAGACGCGACACACCUGUUCAUGA